CGAUGGCUUCGGCGAGAGCUGUGGCACACAAACAAGAUGAUCUGGGACUAGGUAUCCCGGACAGCACUGCGAGACUGUGUGCGGCGCAACCAGUGAUCGUCGUUGAGCAACUGGCAGAGCAUAUCGGUGCGCAGAAGCCGACGACUGGAAACGUCAGGAAGACGACGAACCUGGAUGCAACCAAGCGCAACGCGAUGGACAACAAGUACGAGUGGGCAAAAAAGCAGAUAAACCAGGUGGAGCACUGGUCGAUUGGCAAUCGGCCGCAGCAGGUAGACUUGGAGACCGGAAACUGGAGGUGCGUAGCUGAAAAGAAAACGGUGAACGCAGCGGUGAUAGAGAUUUUUGGUAAAUCCGACGCGCCGAACGGCCCGACGGAUGUUACGGGCUGGGGUGUUACGACCGCUGAGACGGGCGCACUGCCAGACGGUGGAGGACCGACGGUGUAAUCGACCGAUGCCACUGGGAACUGUCAACGCGCGCAAAGGAGAAACGGAGAGGAGAAAAGUGCGUGUGUGACGCACAGGAGAGGCGCGUUUUUUAGGAAGUCACCAUUUUACCAAAACAAAGUGUGAACCUUGCGCGAAGUUAGUUUUCGGAGUUUGCGAGAGAAAAAGUGGGGUAAAGCUGUGGAAGUUUAAUUUUAUUGAAAUUAAAACACGAGCACACCUGUAAGUAGAAGAAAAGAUAAAGUUAGUGCGAAUUUCGAAGACUGAAACAUUUAAUACUUACCAGCAGCGAAGGAAGCAACAGAAACUGCACCGUCGUCGCCUACCGUCACUGAACGCUACAUUGUACAGUGUCGGUAGUUUGAAGUGGAACGAAGGAGAAGAUAAGGAAGAGGAAGAAGUGUAGGAGAGAUAGAGGAAAUCGUUGGAAAGGAAGACUAAUUUAGUAAGUGAAAUUCAAACAAACAUGUACACAAAUAACUAAAUAAAAACUUACCUUUUUAGUUUUGUAGCUGUCGAAACGACUGCUGACAGAAAGUUAGUUUUUUACUGACAAUCACCCGAACAACAGUACUUGCUUUAAUGAAAAUU